CAGGAGGGGAAGUGGAGCUGUGGAGGUGGGGGGAGCAGUGGUCACACCAACAUCUUGAAAUUGGGCUGGGUCUGCGUGGAGCCCCAGAGAUGUUCCCCAGCCCAUUCUUCCCAAGAACCAAUGAGUAAAAUUAGGGGCCUCCCACCUGAGGUCAGGGAACCAGGCCCUGGAGUGGAACUUGGGGUGGAAGAUGGCCUUCUUUGUCAACUGAUUCAUUCUCCAGAAUUCAACUUGUUCUCUGACUCAGUGGUGUUUGAAAGCAACUUUAUCCAGGUCACUAAGCCCGGGAAUUGGAUGGAUGUCUAUGAAGGGUCUACCACUGUGAUCCUUGGGGUGACCUCCUCGGUGCCCUCCUUGCCACUUCCCAACGUCCUCCUGAUGGCCAACGUCACCUGGCCCCGGGGUCAGUUUCCCUCCUGGAGCACGCCUGAUUGUGCUCCAGAGGUCACCCUCAGCAGGAUUCUCCCCCUGAAGUUUGUGGAGCUACAAAUCUGUGACCGGCUCCAACGCAUCCUGAGGGUUAGGACCGUGACUGAAAAGAUCUACUACCUGAGGCUCCAUGAAAAACAUCCAGAGGCUGUGUUUCAAUUCUGGAUCCGCUUGGUGAAAAUUCUGCAGAAAGGUCUGUCCAUCACCACCAAAGACCCGAGAAUCCAAUUCACUCACUGCCUGGUGCCCAAAAUGUCCAACAGCUCCACUUCAACAACACCUGAAAGCAGCCUCCCGUCAUCCACUCAGCCCAGCGAAAACUUCAUGCUGUUGGCAGCUGAGCAGACCAGUGGCAGUUUCUCGAAUAUCUCAGGAAGACCCCAGCUCACAGCAGACAGUAACACCAAUGUUGCCAUCAAAAUAGACAAUUUGGACAGCUAUCAGACACCCGCAAGAGUGGUAUCUCCAGUCAAUUUGAACAUACCCAUGAGAGCUGCCUUGAGCCACAGUCUCUGGGAACAAGAGAAUCCAGAUGAACACUUCCUGCAGGCUCCUGUUGCCAGUUCCCUAGGAGAGAACCUUUUAGGACCCUGAUACCUGGCCAAAACAGGGUGAUCUUCCCUAGCUUCAUUCAGUGCACUAGCUACAACCUCCUUUAAUGCUGUUUUCCCACUGUGGGCCAAAAGACCAUGGGAGAGGUAUGAUGGUGCUUAUAACAAAGUGCUUCUGUACUUCCACCAAUAAACCUCCAAGUGAGUUCCUAA